CAUGUGUAGGUAGUCAAUUUCUAUUUAUUUCACUCAUUGUUUCUGUGGCACAUUUCUCAAUUUUUAUCCCAGUACGAAAUCGUCAACAAAGCGCACUUCCUCCACUAUCCAAGCAAAGUUUCUUGCCGGUAAAUGUGCCAACUGUGCGCAUGCUUCCGAGAACGCUGGAAGAAAACGUGUCAUGGAAACGCAGAAACAUGCUGCUCGCACCACAUGGAAAACAACGUAGGAACUCGUCGUUUGCCACUGUAUGCGUUAUUAGGCGGUCGUGUGUAUUUGUAUCCGUGUGGGAGUGAGCAUGCAGUCAAUUUUCCGAUUUUCUUCCCUGGAAAAGUCAGCUGGCACACGGCACGGUCAAGCUCCGCCGGAAAUACACCCUUCACAAUGUGUUAAUAGACCCACGUUUGGUGCGCUAUUGGAUGUGUCCGUGUGUGGUGAAGAAGGUUCCAAUGGUGUUUAAUACAGCGGCCAACGAUAUCGCUUCAAUCGGUUAAAUUUUCACGCAAUCGUACGGGAAGCACCCGAAACGUCGCUUCCACUAUCCUGCAGCAGCUUCGCUACAUUUUGCAGAUUGACGGUAAUAAAAAAAAACGAAAAGGCACCCCACACACACACACACCAAUGUCGGCCACUUACGGGACGCGGAUGGAAUCGGACUAUCCACUUGAUGAUACGCUGGAAUACUUUAUCAAAUUUCCCUCGCCCAACUUCCGGAGCGACACGCAAACGGCCGAAAGUGAUUAUGUGUUUGUGUGCAACGAAACAAAUGUCCCCAUCGUGUUGCUGCUUGGAUGGGCCGGAUGUCAGGACAAGUAUCUCAUGAAGUACUCCAAGAUCUAUGAAGAUCGUGGACUCAUCACCAUUCGAUAUACGGCCCCGGUGGAGAAUCUGUUCUGGAAGCGUGCCGGCAUGCAUCAGAUUGGGGAGAAAAUAUUGAAACUUAUCUACGACAUGAAUUUCGACAGCCAUCCGCUUAUAUUUCACGUAUUUUCCAAUGGUGGAGCCUUUCUCUAUCAGCACAUUGCCCUCGCAUUAAGACGUUCCAAAUCCCAGAUCAAUAUCUGCGGCAUGAUCUUCGACUCUGCUCCAGGAGAUCGGCGGAUAGUGGGUCUUUAUCGUGCCAUUACGGCGAUCUAUGGAAAGGAGCGACGAUGCAACACGCUACUGUCCGCAUUGAUGGCCGUCGCAGCCAUUUUACUAUGGACUUUUGAGGACGCCUUCAAUUACGUACUUAACUUUAUCAAACCCCGAGGCUACGAAGUACAAACCAAUCCGUCGCACAAUCUGAAGUACGAAAGCAAUGCAUGGCCACAGCUGUUCCUUUACUCGAAGGAUGAUCUUUUGAUACCCUACACUGACAUUGAAAAGUUUGCCAACUACCGACGACGCUGCGGUGUGGACGUUCGUAUGAUCUGCUUUGAACGUUCGGAGCACGUAAAGCACUACAUCCGGCAUCCGCAGCAAUACAUUUACACCGUGUGCAAAUUUAUCAACGACUGUUUGGCUCACUACUAUGGCAAAUUUCACAACUAAACCGUUUCAAAUCGAGCUUUCGAAAGAUCGGCCCAUUGGAGGCGGUGUUGGAGUUUGGUUGGUUUUGUUAUACGAUCUGUUUUUAUUUAAAGUCGCAAUGGCACAACAAUUAGUUACGAUGAGCACAAAGCAUGAAGUCCAGGAAUGCCAUACAAAGCGCACAUUUGCAAUUUAAAACUUAACCGCCCCAAAACAGAGACGCAUUCAUAACGAAAGGCAAUUCUUAAGCAUGAAACUAUAGUGAAUUUCUAUGGGCGCGAAUAGUAACUCUAGCAAUUUAAUUAUUUUAUUCACAAUAUGCAUAGCAAUUGAUUUUUGUGAUUCACCUAGAAACUAAUAAGCAUCUUUAAAAUGCCUUAAUUCCGUGGUGCACGCGAAUGAGCGAACCCGCGUGUACGUUAACUUUCGUAGGGCAGCAGUAGCAGGUAAAUGAAACUCCAAACGUGUAUGUUCCGUUCCAGCAAACGGUAUCAGUGAAACGAAACCAUUUCCAAGGAUUUAAUAAAAUGAUCAUGUAAUUAUCAUCCCGAAUAAAUAUAAACUCCCGUAACUGCCAUUUCGAAAUGCAUCGUAUAACACUGGUAUAACAGUAGGACAGAAAAAAAUUAAAUACACAGUGGUAAGCGAAUGGAAACGAGUGGCCUACAUCUAGGAAUUUAUAUAUUAUUUAUAAUAUUCUAGUGCAUUUUCUAAUAACUUAACUAUUCAUAGU